AUGCAUCUCAACUCCCUCUUUAUCCUCUUCGCGACCGCAGCCCUAACAGUCACGGCGCACCCCGGCCCGCACAAACCACUUCCCCCCGCAGCCCUCCACCGCCGGACCGAGCUCCUCAAGCGCUGCCCCGGCCACGCCGCCACCUUCAACCAGCGACGCAUGGCCGCGCGCGACGCCCUCACCAAACGUUGGGGCGACGAGCACAAUCACAACGCAACCUACGAGAUCCAGACCGAAGCCCCCUUCUAUGAAACCAUCCAGAACAAGACCUGCGUGCUGAUCCCGGAGGUGACCCGGGGUCCCUACGUCUGGCCGCGCUCGCAGACCCUCCGCCAGGACAUCACAAAGGACCAGGUCGGCGUGCCGCUGUGGCUGGACGUCGGCGUGCUGGACAUGGCCACGUGCGCGCCGCUGCCCAACGCGCUCAUGGACUUCUGGCACUGCAACGCGACGGGCUCGUACUCUAGUUUCACGGGUCUGUCGCCGAACACUCCUUCUGAGGAGUUGUUUCAUGAGCCCAGCGUCACGAACUAUGACCUGGGGACGACCGAUCUGCAUACUGAUGACACCACGUGGUUGCGCGGGAUGUGGCCGACCGAUGAGCGGGGCCACACGGUGAGCACGGGCCAGAUCUACUUUGCUGAGGAGCUUGAGCGCGAGAUCAUGGCGCUCGAGCAGUAUGGUUCGCACACGCAGAUCAACCGCACUACCAAUGCGGAGGACUCCAUCUUCUCGCAGGAUACUACCAGCGGGUAUAACCCGGUGGUUUCGGUAGUGCCGGCUGACGGCAAGGAAGUGAGGAACGGGAUGAUCGGUAUUUCACGAUCGGAGUUGAUACUUCAGCAAUUGAGUGGUUUAGCAAAGGGAAUGUGGAUUAUGGAUUGUGAGGCUGGAAGUUCAGGAGAGAGGGUUGGGGGCUGA